CUUGCACCAUGCUUUGCAGAUAGCCUUGCCUCAUGGUGCAAGAAUCGGCGGCGGCAUGGAAUCAAGGAGCGAGCCGCAGCCCGCAGCCAAGGUGCCAAGCAGAUUGCUUCACUUCGAUGGAGCUCGCGCAAUUUUUGCCAUGUGGAUUGUGUGCCAUCACAUGGCCCCUCGCGAACCAAAGUCGUGCUUGGAUGCCAUGAUGGUGCGAGUUGAUGUGUGUGUGGAGUUUUUUAUCCUUUUGUCCGGCUUUCUGACGCACUAUCUCAAUAGUGACAAGGAUGUUGCUUCGACCAGUGGGUCCUUUAUUGCAUACUUCAUCCGGAGGAUAUUUCGCUGCCUCCUGGCCACCUACGUGGGCAUGGUGCUGUGCGUCUUGACCCAGUUAUUGGGUGGCUUCAACGUUUGGACCACGAAGACGCUGAGCUGCUUCCUGCUCCUGAAGACGUGGAUUGAUCCCAUGCCAAACUGCCCGAACAUGCCUUCUUGGUUUGUUGUAUCCCUCCUUCCGUGCUGGCUUGUGUAUCCAUGCGUCGGGUACCUGCUCAGGGGAAGUUCCACCAAGUUUCAGUUGUGUUUGGCGCUUGCCUCCUGGUCGGCUGCAAUUGGUCCACAGCUUUGCAUUUUGUGUGUGCAGAAAAGCUGGCUGCACUGGGGCCAGGUGGCAUUCACUUGGUUUUGGCCGCCAGCAUUGAUGCCUGACUUUGUGUUGGGAGCAUGCAUGGCAGCCAUGGUUAGGCACAACCCUCCGAGCAAACAGGUUGCAUGGUUCGGCGACAUCGCCAUGCUCGUCAUAGUGCUAGCUUGCAUGCUGGUCAGCUGCGGGACAAGCACAUAUGCCCCUGCUUGGACGGGUUUGCAGGUUCCAGUUCCUGUGCCCCCACCAGAUUGGGCCGGACCGAGCCAGUGGAGGCCUGGUCACUAUAUUGCGUGGGAGCAAUUGUUUGCUCGUUUGUCAGCUCCUUUCUUGUGCGUGUUUCUGUAUUGCACGCACCACGGAGACACUUUGGCCACGCGCCUUCUUUCCCACAAAACUCUGGUCAGUCUUGGACGAUAUACGCUGGAGGUGUACUUGCUACAGAUGCCUUUGCAUGACUUCUUCCUGUGGACACGUGCGCCCGGUGCUCAAGGGCUUUGGCGUGGGCUGCCAUGGACGCCAGAGGUGUUCUGGUGCUAUUUACUUGUUCUUUGGACCACAUGCGGGCUCUUUGUGGAAUUCGUGGCCGAGCCUCUGAAUCAGAGGGUCAGGGCGGUGAGCUCUUCCUGGGUGGGAAGAACUCUGCCGCAACUUCGCACCAACAAGCGAUACGACCCACUGAGUUGAU